UCAGAUAGCCCAACAUGAACUUUAACCGUCAAGAUCAUUUAAAAAGUGAACAGAACAAUAUUUUUCCUUCUGAGAGCUGGCUACAGGAUUCUGAGUUUCUCCUGCAGUGCUGUCCUAUUCACAACCUUUUCCUAAAACAGGACAUGGAGCUAUGUUCCUUUCUUCAUGUUAGGUGCUAAUGAAGUUAUUUGCUUCAUCAGAGGAAAUGCAGAUCCAUGAAAUUACAUUUUGUGCAAGUUGUCCUUAACUCUGUUGGCAAUGUCUAUGAUUUUAUCUGCUUCUGUGGUCCGAGUGAGGGAUGGACUCCCACUGUCUGCAUCGACUGAUUAUGACCAGAGCAUGGGAAUGCAAGAAUGUAGAAAAUAUUUUAAAAUGCUCUCAAAGAAACUUUCUCAGCUUCCCGAUAGAUGUACUCUGAAAACGGGGCAGUAUAAUAUAAACUUUAUAAGUUCUCUGGGAGUAAGCUAUAUGAUGUUGUGCACUGAAAAUUAUCCCAGUGUCCUGGCUUUCUGCUUCCUGGAUGAGCUUCAGAAAGAGUUCAUCACUACCUACAAUAUGAUGAAGACAAAUACUGCUGUCAGACCGUACUGUUUUAUAGAGUUCGAUAAUUUCAUUCAGAGGACCAAACAGAGAUACAACAACACACGCUCUUUGUCAACAAAGAUGAAUCUUGCUGACAUGCAGACAGAAAUCAAACUGAGACCACCUUAUCAAAUUUCCAUGUCAGAACUUGGUUCAGCUAAUGGCUUCGCACAUUUAUCUGUGGUGGAGUAUAAGGGUACUGGUAAGAUAUCUGCGGCUCCUCAUCAGCGCCUGGAACCUGUGACUCUGCCAGGGAUUGUCUCAUUUGUGCUUAGUCUGUUAUGUGGGGCUUUGAAUUUAAUUCGUGGCUUUCAUGCCAUAGAAAGUCUUCUCCAGAAUGAAGGUGAAGAUUUCAGCUAUGUUAUUGCAUUUUUUCUUGGAACAGCAGCCUGUUUGUACCAGUGUUACCUGUUUGUAUACUACACGGGCUGGAGGAAUGCCAAAUCCUUCCUGACUUUUGGGUUAAUUUGCCUGUGUAACAUGUAUCUGUAUGAACUGCGCAACCUGUGGCAGCUCUUCUUUCAUGUGACUGUGGGAGCAUUUUCUACCUUACAAAUUCGACUGAGACAACCACAGGGAAAGUCCCCUGAUUACAAUGUCUGACAAGUCCUGGAACAUUUAGCGACAGUCUUGUUCCAACAGUUAUUCACACUCAGGAAUGUAAAGCUGUUCUCCAAAAGAAGAAGCUGUCUGGAUGGGGCUUUUUUUUUGUUUUGUUUUGUUUUGUUUUUAAUUAAAUAAAGCAGUGUAAGAUGCC